AUGUCUGCCAUGUUCAAGAACGCCGGCAUCAUCGGCGCCCUCGCCGCCACCGCCGCUGCCCACGGUACCGUUUCGGGCAUCGUCAUCGAUGGCAAAUACACCCAGAACUACAACCCGUCGAUGCAGUACCAGAGCCCUGCUCCCGUCGUCAUUGGCUGGGCCAUCCCCGAAGAUCUCGACAACGGCUUCGUCGCCCCCUCGGCCUACGCUGAUGCCGACAUCAUCUGCCACAAGGGUGCCACCAACGCCCAGACCAGCGCCGACGUCAAGGCUGGUGAGGACAUCACCAUCCAGUGGACCACCUGGCCCGACUCGCACAAGGGCCCCGUCAUCUCCUACCUCGCCAACUGCGGUGAUGACUGCACCACCGUCGACAAGGCCACCCUUGAGUUCGUCAAGAUCGACGCCGGCGGUCUCGAUGUCGACAGCCAGACCUGGGCCGCCACCGACAUGAUCGCCAACAACAACUCCUGGGUCACCACCAUCCCCUCGAGCAUCGCCGCCGGCAACUACGUCCUGCGCCACGAGAUCAUCGCCCUCCACGGCGCCGGCUCCACCGACGGUGCCCAGAACUACCCCCAGUGCAUGAACCUCGUCAUCAGCGGUGACGGCACCGACGACCUCAGCACCGGCGGCACCAAGGGUACUGCUCUCUACAAGGAGGACGACCCGGGCAUCCUCCUCAACAUCUACCAGACCCUCUCCACCUACGAGAUCCCGGGUCCCACGCUCUACUCGGGCGCCUCUUCGGGCUCCGCCACCGCCGCCGCCGGCGGCGCCUCGUCCGCGGCCGCCUCCACCCCGGCUGCCACCUCGGCCGUUGCCAGCAGCACCUCGGUCGCCGCCGCUGCCGCUACCCCCACCACCCUGACCACCGCCGUCGCCGCCGCCCAGGCCUCGACCACCGCCCCCGCCGACCUGACGGCCGCCAUCCCCAGCUCCGCCCUGACGGUCGCGGCCACGGCCAUCCCCACGGCCAGCGGCGUCGCCACCCCCGAGACGGCCAUGCCCGACAACUUCACCGUCAAGGACGUCCUUCAGUGGUUCUCGUACGUCAUGGAGACCUACUUCACCAAGGAGUCGACCUCCACCAAGGCCCGCCGCCACGCUCGCCAGUUCUAA